AUUCAUCUAAAUCCUAAGCAUCUCUAAUUAGUAUAUCCCUUGAGUAGCUACACUUGAAACAAUGGCAGGCAUAUUGAUGAAGAUGGCUUGUGUGGUGGUGGCUUGCAUGGUGGUUUUGGCACCCCAUGCAGAAGCCAUCACUUGUGGUCAGGUGGCCAGCAGCUUGUUGCCUUGCCUGCCAUACCUGAGGUCUGGUGGGGCAUUGGGAGGCUGUUGUAAUGGUGUUAGGGCACUUAACAAUGCUGCUAGAACGACGGGUGACCGGAAAAUCGCCUGUGGCUGCCUUAAGAACGCUUAUUCGUCGUUUCCUGGGAUUAACCAGUCAAACGCUGCUGGACUUCCCGCCAAGUGUGGUGUCAAUAUUCCGUACAAGAUCAGCCCCAAGACCGACUGUUCCAAGAUUCAGUAACUUUUGGUUGAUGAAGAUGGAGGAUGAUGAAGAGAGAUGAGAUUUGCAUAUGUUUUGGAUUUUCUUUUUAGCAUUAAUAAAAGAUGGAGUUGGAGAUGGAGGGCAGGCACAUUUAUAUGGCCCUGCUGCUCUUUCUCUGUUUGUCUCCUUUUUGUUUCUAAAGUAUUUGGCUUCAAGAAUAUAUAUAUUCUUGAUUGUAUGUAAUAAAUCUACUUGGUAUCUAAUCUAUCCCUCUUUUAAGUCA